CAACACUACACUACGAAUACGAAACUAAAAUAGAAACAAAAAAACGUAGCACUGAAAAGUCGUGCAUUUUUAUUUGCGGCAGAAAAUAAAUUGUAAAAUUUAGUUAUUUUAAAGCCUGCAAUAUACGUACAAUGGGUGGCGCACGAGCUCGAGGACGUGGACGCGGUCGAGGACGUGGUAGAGGAAAGAAAAAAGAGACACUUGAUGGCGUUGGUGCAACUAUAGCUGCCAGCAGUGCACAAGAAGAUACGGAAAGCUCUAAUCAACUACCAGAUGCUGUUGAAGAUGUAACAAUGCCAGAGUGUGUUAAAGAAAAUGAAAUUGAGUCAAUAGCGCAACCUAUACAAAUGGAAACCGAAGAUGUGACAACAACUGCAACAGCGGUUGCGGCAGGACCGCCAACCAUACCAACUGUAGCGCCGCUUGAAGAACCUUUACAGCCGGCAACAGUUUUGCCACAAACAAUCGAUAUGGAAGCUGAUAUCUCACAACUCGAAGCGCCAACAUUCACCACAAUCUCACGCGGACCACCCGAGCCCAUGUUACGCCUGAAAUGGGAUCAUAAAGUUAAUUUGAUUGGCGAAAAAGUGUUGAAUCCCAUGAUACAUUGUUGCGAUCAAUGUGAUAAACCGAUUUUAUUAUACGGUCGCAUGAUACCUUGUAAACAUGUAUUCUGCUUGAAAUGUGCACGUUCAGAACCCAUAAAAAUAUGUCCACGCUGCAAUGAUAAGGUGUUGCGCGUCGAACAAUCCGGUCUCGGCACAGUUUUCAUGUGUACACAUGGUGGUAGUCGUUAUGGCAAUACCGGUUGUAGACGCACGUAUUUGUCACAACGCGAUCUACAGGCGCAUAUCAAUCAUAGACACAUUACACAACCGGCGGUUAUAACACAACAACAACAACAGCAAAGUAUACCUGCUAAUACUAUAGGUGGAGGAGUGAGUGAAUUAAAACCAACAUCAAAUGCUGAUGUGAAUAUGGAGACCGUAUUCAAAAGUGUCAGCGGCAAUGUACAACGAAAACUUUCGGAAUCAUCUAACAGUACUACGACAAUACAAACGCCAUCUGCUUUAUUAACACAACGACGUGCCACUACCAUCGGCAAUAUACCACCGCCUGGCUCUGUUAGCUCAACAUCGACACAAGGUUCGACACAUUCGCAUUCCUCAUUAACACAGGCCAAUUUAGCACGCAUUAAUACGGCAAACGAACAAAAUUGCCAUCAAGGCAAGGUGGCGCUACAUCAGACAUUAAAGAAGACGCCUAUAACACAGUCGCAUCAUCAACCGCCCGAAAGUGUAGCUGAUGCUUCCUACUAUAGUAGCGUAUUGAACUCCUUUGGCAGCAAUGAUGUGGUCGAACAAAGUGGCGGUGGUAGUGGUAAUAUAACGUCAACGGCACAACCCAACUGUGCAGCAGCAACACAAAACGCAUGGCAAACGAAUCAGUACUACAGAUGAAGGGUAAAUAUGGAAAAGCGUAUGGCAUUUGUGACUGCAACAAUGGCGAGACAAUGCUAAUGCCAACUACAAACCAUAUAUACGGCUAGCUGACGGCGACAAGAGAAUUUUGUUAUUUUUUAUAAGAAUUAUCUUAAAUACUAGCAGUUAAAAAGUCAAGCCUAAGGCAAGCAAAAUUAAUUGAUAUUACUUGAUUAAUAUCUUCAAGAAAACAAUGAGAUUUAUAUAGCUGUUGGCAAUUCAUGUAAUACCGUACUUCGCCGUUGUUUGCCCCAAAUACUUGACAAAUUAAGCAUAAAUUAACGUUUGUCGCGUUAGUCGAAACAAUAAAAACUCAAUGAAAUUUCUACAAUACAUAACUUUUAAGUGUUCGUUAGCCGAACUUUUAAUUUAAUAAUUAAUAAUGCACCGGUUGUCUUGUUUAAAAUAUACAUAACAAUUAAAAUUGGAGUACAUAUUGAAUGAUA